GGCUUCAUCACUUAGAGAAGUGAGCACUUCCCGGUUUGACAGUGAAAGCUGAAGAGAGGUGCGUUAAACCACCAGAGCCUCAAACAUGAACAUUCGUCACACUUUGAUCUUCUUUUAUUUUACACUGUGGGCCAGAAACACUGGUCUCAUCAAUGCAGAGAUCCUCGUCGCUAAAGGAAAGGAAGGAGGAAACAUCACAGUUGAAUGCCUCUUUUCUUUCUCUGGAAAAUGGAAGAUCUUCUGCAAGGAAACAUGUAAAGAAGGAGAAGUUCUCAUUGAAACAGAUGAAGUCACAGCUCAGAGUGGCAGAUACAGCAUUACAUAUAAAGAAGGAAUGUUUCCAGUAUCUUCUACAGUUCUGAAUGUGAGCAUCACAAAGCUGAUUGAAUCUGAUGCAGGAAAGUAUGUUUGUGCUUUGCACAGAACUUUUACACCUAAUCCAUCAAACCAGGAGAUUGAGAUCAGAGUCGAAGACGCUCCAAUCUCCUCAAAACCAACCUCGACUCUCCAACCUUUUUCAGCAUCAGUCCCAUCAGCCUCCACACAGACGACAACACCGUCUUCGAGCUCCAGUCCAGGAAGCUCUAUACCUUCAUCCGCCUCCCCCGAAGGUACCAAGCAGUCUCAAAAGCAACAUACAGCACUAGUUGGAGCUCCACUGAUGUAUGUGGGUCUGUGUCUGUCCGUCAUGAUCGUCGUGUUAAUAGCAGCUGUGCUGAUAUUCUGCAGGAAGAGAGCCAGUAUACCCAAAGAACCUCCUGUGGAAACUGAGUGUGCUAACGACACAGAGGCCAACCGGGUGUAUGAGGAGAUCAGAGAGGAGGACAGACGGAGCCCAUCCCGUCCUGCAAAAGUGUUUACGGUUUACGCUUCCGUCAAAUACACCAAACCAAACAGAGACGACAACACAGACGAGUACAGCUUGGCCACUGCAGCCGCUUCUCAGAAGACAGUUGAAGAUGCUUCGAAUAAACUAAUCUACUCUGACGUAGAUUUUGCAGACGGGCCCGUUGCCUCGCUCAACAGCGCCCCCUGUGGUGAUGCAGUUAACGUUGUCUACUCAGUGCCGCAGGUAGAACAGCGCUCGUACCGCCACCAAGCAGAAGACACGUCACUUCCCGUGUCCUCCAGUGUUACUUUCCACCAGCCGUAGCUGAGACGCUGUCUACGUCACACACUCCGUCACACACUUCGUCAGGGUCCACACGACCCCUUUGUGUGAAUGAGUAACAUUCACGCCACGACCUGUUUUCAUCAUAUCAGAGAGACGAGUUUUACAGUGUGAUUGAAAAUGUGACACUAAACAGCCAUCACUGUUUGGAAAAAAAAUUUGAGAAGAUGAGAUGUUUCUCUAAGCUGGCAUGUUUAUAUAUAUAUAUAUA